CAUCGCCCAUCCGACGCAACCCGCAGGCGCCUGUGCACUUGCUCUCGACACCAGUCCAGAGGCACCGACACCGACACCGACACCGACCCAGAACCACAGCAGCGCCGCGGACCCUAUAUCACACACAAAAAAAGCAACAACAUGGCGUACCACAUCACAUCCUCAUCAGCGUCGUCUCAGCCUUCGUUCCUCUCGUUCUCGUCGUCAUCGUCGUCGCCGUCGCUAUCGACGCUCUUUCCCUCCGACUUCGACUCCAAUGACUUUGACUUGUCCUCCUUCGCCCUCCAUCAGUACAUGUUGGCGCUUCUGACCUCGCCCCUGACUGUGGUCGAGACCCUCUCCGAAGUCCAGCUCCAGAAACGCACCGAUCAAGAGAGUGAUCCGGACAUCGAGACUCUCAGGACAGAAGGUGCCAUCCAGCAGAUCGAUCCCAUGCAAGGCGGCGUCUGGGACAACGUCAGGCUGAUUGUUCGAUCCGAAAACGAGGGCCUAUCUUCCCUUCUGAAAGGAAGCUUUACUACUUUUUUGUACAAUGCCUCAUACACGUUCCUACAACCGGCUCUCGAGGAAGUGUUCAACGACUACCUUGAUGUCUAUGACGACAACAACCCGGCUACACUGGCUCUUAGCCACGUUGUUGUCGGUGGAUUGCUGAGUCCCUUGGAGCUGAUCCGCACCAGACUGAUUGUCCAGUCGACGACGCCAAGAAGAUCGUACUUUGGACCUGUGGAUGCUGUGUGGACGAUCAAGGAGGAGGGCGGCAGCAUAGGUUCGCUGUAUGCGGCCCGUCUUGUCCUUCCCUCGAUCCUGAUCCGCACGGCCAGUCCGCUCCUGCGGCUCGUGUCGGCCCACCUCAUCACCGAGGAGCUACAUCUGGACCCCGGAUUCAACCCGCUGCUCUAUCGUCUGGCAGUCCUUGGCUUUAUGGCCAUCGAGGUUGCGCUGCUCACGCCCAUUGAGAUUGCCCGGAAGCGCCUCCAGGUUCAACGACUUUCGUACGCGAGCCAGAGCGUGAGGAGCCUGGCUGAGGGCGAGGUCCCCCAGGCGUUCGACACCUGCGUCGAGGUCGCCUCGGCCCCUUAUGCCGGUAUCUUGAGUGCGAUUUGGUCGAUUGUGAACGAGGAAGGGGGGAAGCAAAGACGCCGCCCCAAAAAGAAUGCCAGGCGCGGAAUCGUGGAUGACGGCAACGACGACGACGACGAGCUCGAAAAGAUCCUUUCGACAAAGAAGCGAGGAGGUAACUCGAGCAUCCAAAAGCUCUGGCUCGGCCUCAAAACACUCUAUCGCGGAUACUGGGCCCGAUAUGCCGCCAACGUUGUCGUCUAUAUCUUUGAGGACAUCGGACGGGGCGAUGAGUGGUAGGCUUUUUCCGCCGCCCGGUGCACCGGGAGCGUCGACAGCGCCGUCGGCACAAUGCUGCCUUGGACAGAUCGGCGUCUCCGCUGACGCUCUCCGAGUUGGGCUGCCAAGCAGUGCCGUCGUGUACCUAUAGAUUUGGUCCUGAAUAACAACAGACCAGCCCGUGCUACUCACACACUGUCUCAAAACGAGCG